GAAAAAAAAAAACAGUGGGUGGAAUUUGGAAAAUUUGCCACAACUUGACAACUUGUUGCUAGGUCAACACAAAUAGUCUUUAUCUUUAAAAAAUGAACAAGUUGUGAAGGCACCAACAAUAUGAUACCACGUUUUCCAGGCUCACAAAAACUGACCAAACCCGGUAACUUUAUCAGCACCUCCUUCAUAAGGUCACAAACAUUCAUUUCAUUCGUUCACCCACCACACCAAAACCAACAAACCCAAAACAACGCGUUCCCAACCCUAAUCAAUCCGAUCUUCUCCAGUGUGAGUUGUAAAUGAGUCGUCCACAGGAUGCAAAGCGAUCAUUCUUCCCGUUUGGAAAUCCUUUUAGGAUGAUAUCGGCAAAAGGCACGAAAAAUUCUCCACAACUGUUGUUAGUAUUACAUGCUUUUGAAGCAACUUUGGAAGAGAGGCUGAAAAAGCUUAUACCAAAGAGCAAGGAUGAGAUCCUCAACUUGUCUUGGAUGACUUUGGCUAUGCAGACACUUUGUGAGAGUCAUAAUGACAUUAAAACCCUCAUUACAGAGCUUGAGCUGCCUGUCUCUGAUUGGGAUGAGAAAUGGAUCGAUGUGUACUUUGACAUUAGUGUCAAGUUGCUAGAUAUAUGUAAUGCAUUUAGCUCUGAAUUAUCUCGUCUGAGCCGGGGUCAUCUUUUACUUCAGUGUGUGUUGCACAAUUUAGGAUCUUCCUCUUCAGAGCAGUAUGUUCGGGCAUGUUCUUCACUUGAUGGUUGGAAACAGCAUAUUGGUUCCGGAAACCCUAGGAUUGAUAAAUGUGGCAGCAUUUUGGAUGAUCUUCUGGGGUCACUUGAUCUUCCAAAGGUUAAAAAGUCAGCUAAAGGGAAGGUUUUGAUGCAAGCUAUGUAUGGAGUAAAGGUGCAGACAGUAUUUGUAUGCAGUGUGUUUGCUGCAGCUUUUUCAGGCUCUACAAAGAAUAUGUCAGUUUUGGAUGUGGCUGACAUAUAUUCUUGGGCUUCAACCUUUAAAGGGUUGCAAAAUCUUGUAAAUGAGCAAAUUAGAGUUAGAUUAUCAGGUGGGAGAUUUACUGUAUUGAAUGAGUUGGAAGAAGUUAAUUCCUCUUUGAAGGAAUUAUCUCCUAUUAUCCAGGGUGUUGUAGAUACCAUUGAGACAGAACCACUUGUGAAGAUUGUCAGGGAAUUAGGCAGAGCGACAGAGAAGCUUUCACAAGGACUAGAUCUUCUUUCAAAGGAAGUUGAUAGCUUUUUCCAUGUGGUCUUGACUGGUCGUAAUGCCUUGCUAUCUAAUCUGAGAUCAGGUGGAACUGGCAUUGACAGCAUCUUAGAGGGUAACAGAGAUGCACAAAAAGUCAACUGACUGUGUUGCAACCAAACAACUCUGGUACAUACCGAUGAAUCUAGGUAUUGGGUUUUAUGUUUUAUGGUUGAUGGUUUUCAAUCAUGUUUGGUUUAUUGUAUUCAAGCUAGAAUGAGUAAUAGGUUAUAUGAUUGUCUUAUUGUUCUGAAAUGUAUAUUUGUGAUGUUCUGUAUAAUGUUACAUGAUAAUUAUAAAUAUAUAAGAAAGUUUCUUGUGCUCGCCAAAGUUUGUAAUUUGUGGCCCUGUAAUUUUUUCCAUUCAUUUGUUCUUGAAAUCUCUGUGCCUUUUCCAUUUUCGGAGGGAAGGUUUACCAUGAACCUUAAAAUGUUGUUGCUGUUUUAUUUUUUGUUUUUUAUUUGGAGGGGUGAAGAGGAAUGAAACUUCUGCCAUUGGUUUGAACUAGUUUUUUCGUCUGGAUUCGGAAGGACUUCUGCCCUGAAACUUGAUAAACAGAUUAUAUUGGGGCAAUUGAUUUUUUUUAAAAUUUUUAUUGCAUGGAAUAUAAUCUGUAGCAUGUUAGUAUACAUUCAAAAUUUGAUGCAAUUUCUGUAAAUGUCAAAGAGAAGGAACGAGGGAUACAUAUGAAAAAAAGUCUCGGAUUCAGUUAUGAGGCUUUGACUCUCUCUGUUCUUGAAAAUGGAUUUACAAGUGGGUGAGCUAUAUGUACAUUGGGCAUGGAACUUACUGUUUACAGGCUUCGUUCAACUACUUUCUUUGACUCUCUCCUUGGCUUCCCUUGAUCCCUACUUAUUUGUGUCCCCUUGGUCUUUUACAAUGCACCUCUUAACAAUUUUGGGUUUAAUAUCAUAUGACGCAGCGCAUUGUUAAGUGUUGCAUGUUACUUUGCAUAUUGCUUAUGUUUAUCAUCUCUGAUAUUGUGAAACUCACAGACCAGUUGCAACUUGCAACUCCUUGGUAUCAAGGUGCCACGUCUGGUUCUGAUCUCCUGUCACCUCAGCUCACAGAACUUGCAAUUGAGUGUAAGUUUGGCUUUAGUUAGGGCUUGUGCCGCCUUGCAUUCCUUUUUGAGAUCUAUGAAAAGUGAGUUGCUUUCUAGAUCUGAAAACUGAAGCGAAUUUUUGGUGGAGUACACUACAUAAUUUCUAUAUCAACUCUGAGCUGAAGUGAGAGAGCAUUGCAAGUUCUGUUGAAGGGAUCAGAGACCAAGUUUUGUGAGUUAGAUGGUCUGUUUCGUCUCCCUCAUUAAGCCCCUCAGAAUCUGAGGUGUUAAAGAAACCAAAGAUGGGAAGCUCUUCACUCAAUUGAUAUAAUUCUCUGAGCUGAAAUAAGAGAGCUCUGCAAGCUCUGUCGAAGAUAGCAGAGACCAAGCCAUGCUUCUUCAAGAUGAUGAUCUGUAUGGGUCACAAAAUGGAGAUUGAUAAAGUCAAGUUCUCCUAAUGGUCGCUUUUUGAACAUUUUAUUUGAGUCCCUCACUCGAUGUUCGGGGUGGUAAUGGAAGAACCAUGAACCACACAAAACUCAAGCUCCUUGCAUGGUAUUAUUUUUGACAAUUUUAGAUCUUUUCUUCAGUUUUACUUGAAUUUUUGCACUUGGAUUAGUUUUAGAUGGAAACUCGUGUUUAAGAAUCUUGCUCUAGUAUCAAAUCUGAUGCAAAGCAUAGUUUGUGGGGGAAGCAAAACAUCAUGUUUUAUUUUUACACAUUGUUUACAUUUA